UCUACUAAUUAAUUAAGUCUUUUUAUAGUUUAGUAUGCUUUAGCAAAGAUUGUUGUUAAAAAAAGUAUGCUUUAGCAAAGAUGAUUAUAGAUCUUAAGCAUAAAACGAAUAAGAGAAGCGUCUUCUUCUAGUAUCUCUCCAAUGGCUUCUCCUCCUCGUGAUCUCUCAAUGUCCUUCUUCGUCCUUCCUCUACUCGCCCUUCUAAUAAAUCCCGCAACCUCUAUUCGCACCUCCAUCAUCAAGCUCCCUGGAAGCGACGGUUCUCGCUCCUCCGCCGCAGACACCUACUGCGAGAGCUGGAGACUGGCCGUCGAGACCAACAACGCCGGAACAUGGGAUGUGAUUCCGUCCUUAUGCGUUGACUCCGUCGCCGGUUACCUCAAAGGAGAUGAGUACGGUUCCGACUACAGUGUCAUCGUCGAUUACGCGCUGGCCUUCGCCAAAACGGUUAAGAUCUCCGGCGACGGCAAGGACGUGUGGAUCUUUGACAUAGACGAGACGUUACUCACGAAUAUCGGCUACUACAGAGCUCAUGGUUACGGUGUAUCUAGGUCUGAACCGUUUGACUCCAAAAGCUUUAAUGAGUGGGUGGUACAAGGUACAGCUCCAGCUUUUGCUGCGAGCUUGAGAAUGUACAAUGCUCUCAAGAAACUUGGUUUCACUAUUGUUCUGCUAACUGGUCGGGACGAGGACCAAAGGAAUGUCACGGAGACAAAUCUCCGAGAUGUCGGUUAUUCUGGUUGGGAAAGGCUUAUCUUGAGAGGUCAAGAUGAUCAAGGGAAGUCAGCUACGAAUUAUAAAUCGGAGCAGCGGUCGAAAUUGAUCGACCAAGGCUUUAAAAUCCAUGGCAAUACCGGUGAUCAGUGGAGUGAUCUUCUAGGCUUUGCUGUGGCUGAUCGUUCUUUCAAAGUCCCAAACCCGAUGUAUUACAUUCCUUGAUGGACAAUCUCUGAUCUAUGUAUUGAGUAACAAGCUCAUGUGUGACUACUAAUCACAUGGGGCAGUUUUUCACAUGUUGAUGCAACUAGUAGUAAAUUUGAUUGUUUACUAUCGCGCGACUGUAAAUUAUUAAUUUAUAUUGUUAAUUUUAAUU